AUGUCCACCAUGCAAGCCUGCCACGGCCACAACGAGGCCUGCUGCAACAUCCCUCCCGUCGUCACCUCCGGCUACAAUGCCAGGGGUACCUAUGGCGAGUACGAUGGCCUGAAGACCUAUGUCACCGGCCCUGAUGAGGCGACCAAGGGCAUCGUCGUCAUCUACGACAUCUUUGGCUACUUCGACCAGACCGUUCAGGGUGCCGACAUCCUGGCCACCAGCGACGACCACACCAAGUACAAGGUGUUCAUGCCCGAUUGGUUCAAGGGCGAGCCGUGCCCCAUUGAGUGGUACCCUCCCGACAACGACGAGAAGAAGAAGAACCUGGGCGCCUUCUUUGGCAAGAACCCUCCUCCCGGCAUCGCCGAGAAGCUCCCCGCCUUCGUCAAGGCCCUGAGCGCCAAGCACCCCAACAUCAAGUCCUGGGGUCUCAUCGGUUUCUGCUGGGGCGGCAAGGUCGUCUCCCUAACCACCACCAACGCCGAGACCAACCCCUUCUCGGUCGCCGCCGAAUGCCACCCGGCCAUGGUCGAGCCCGAGGACGCCAAGGGCAUCAAGGUGCCGCUAAUUCUGCUCGCAUCCAAGGAGGAGCCCGAGGACAAGGUCAAGGAGUUUGAGCAGAACCUCAGCGUGCCCAAGCACGUCGAGACGUUCAAGGACCAGAUCCACGGCUGGAUGGCGGCGCGCAGCGACCUGAAGGACGAGCGCGUCAAGAGCGAGUACAUCAGAGGGUAUAAGACCGUGUUGGAGUUCUUUGGCAAGAACUGGAAGUAA